UGCUCACUUUAGCGAUGUAAUAUUGAAAUUAGUUCCCUGCUACCAUCUAAAUAAACAUUCUGGCACCUCCUAUGCCCACACUAGUCAUUUAAAUGACAUGGCAAAGUGUACGGUGUAUCCAAAUUGGUCAUUUAAAUCCCAACAUCACUUCCUUGUGGGCCGUUUCUAUCUGAACGCUAUCAUUUGCUGUCAAGUUCGGGGGUGGGAAUAGCGUUGUACAGAGUUAACUCUUUCGAGUCCGACCUGUGUCCUAGUUCACAGAGAACGGUUGAAACCCCCUUGGAUGUCAUUAUUCCUGGCAUAUGUUUCGCAGACAUAUGCUUCAUUAAGUAUGAUUUUGCACACAUUCAGGCCGUCGUCAUUGUGUCUGCUCCGAUGCACGAGGAGAGUACCAGCUACCCUAUCGCGACUCUACCACGGGGAUAGAGUAGCCACACUCGGCUCGCAGCAGGAUGUGCAGUCGCCGCUUUUCCAGGAAAACUAUGAGCGAAUGAAAACUAUUGUCCAGGAGUUGAAGGACAGGGCAGACAAAAUCAGAUUGGGAGGUGGAGAGAAGUCAAGAAAACUUCACACGUCCAGGGGGAAGCUGCUACCAAGGGAGCGCAUUGACAGACUUCUGGACCCUGGGUCUCCCUUUCUGGAGUUCUCCCAGUUUGCAGCAUACGAGCUGUAUGGAAAGGAAGAGGUCCCGGCAGGGGGUAUCAUAACGGGCAUGGGGCGAGUUUCUGGGGUAGAGUGCGUCAUCGUGGCGAACGAUGCCACGGUCAAAGGUGGCACUUACUACCCUGUCACUGUGAAGAAGCACCUCCGCGCCCAGGAAAUCGCCCAGCAGAAUCACCUGCCGUGCAUCUACCUGGUGGAUUCUGGUGGGGCCAAUUUGCCCAGACAGGCGGACGUGUUCCCCGACCGGGAUCACUUUGGAAGGAUCUUCUUCAACCAGGCGAGACUCUCCUCUGAAGGCAUAGCACAGAUCGCCGUGGUGAUGGGCUCCUGCACAGCGGGUGGUGCUUACGUUCCGGCCAUGGCGGACGAGAGCAUCAUCGUGCGGAAGCAAGGCACCAUUUUCCUCGGAGGGCCUCCACUGGUAAGAGCUGCUACAGGGGAAGAGGUGUCCGCCGAAGACCUGGGGGGGGCUGACCUCCACUGCAGAAAGUCUGGUGUCACUGACCAUUACGCCUUAGAUGACAGCCACGCACUUCAUUUAGCACGAAAAGCGGUGCGAAGCCUGAACUACUUGAAGAAACUUGACGUCACUGUGGAGCCUCCUGAGGCUCCUCUCUUCCCAGCCGAUGAGCUGUAUGGCAUCGUUGGGGACAACCUGAAGCGCAACUUUGAUGUCCGAGAGGUCAUUGCACGAGUUGUGGACGGCAGUAAAUUUGACGAGUUCAAGGCUUUCUACGGAGACACGCUUGUGACAGGUUUCGCAAGAAUAUUCGGUUACCCUGUGGGAAUCAUCGGCAACAACGGGGUUCUGUUUUCAGAAUCCGCUAAGAAAGGAACACAUUUCAUCGAACUGUGCUGCCAGAGAAAUAUCCCACUCCUGUUUCUGCAAAACAUAACAGGCUUCAUGGUAGGUAGGGAGUACGAGGCCGGGGGAAUCGCCAAAGACGGAGCCAAGAUGGUGACGGCGGUGGCCUGCGCCAACGUGCCCAAGAUCACGGUCAUCAUCGGGGGCUCGUACGGAGCCGGCAACUACGGCAUGUGUGGAAGGGCCUACAGCCCCAGGUUCCUGUACAUGUGGCCCAACGCUCGUAUAUCAGUGAUGGGCGGGGAGCAGGCUGCCACAGUCCUGGCCACCAUCACCAAGGACCAGAGAGCCCGGGAGGGGAAGGAGUUCACAGCCGAGCAGGAAGCGGCCAUGAAGGAGCCAAUCGUGCGGCGGUUUGAGGAGGAAGGCAGUCCAUACUACUCCAGCGCCAGACUGUGGGACGAUGGCAUCAUCGACCCGGCCGACACCCGCAUGGUGCUGGGGUUGAGCCUGAGCGCCGCGCUCAAUGCCCCCACCCAGAGGACACGCUUCGGGGUCUUCAGAAUGUGAUCUGGUGUUCAAACCCAGCCGCAGCUCCAGGACGAAACUAAACCUACGUCACAUAGAUUUUUCAACUUUAUGUUAACCUUAUACGGGGAAAUUGACUUUCGUUGUACUUGUUCGGUAGCGAAUAAUAAUUUGCCUAAUAAAAAAACUAAUUUGAAA